CGCGCGCGGGGCCUCCCGGGGGUCGCGCGCGCCGGAGCCAUGUCGGUGAACACGGACGAGCUGCGGCACCAGGUCAUGAUCAACCAGUUCGUGCUGGCCGCGGGCUGCGCGGCCGACCAGGCGAAGCAGCUGCUGCAGGCGGCGCACUGGCAGUUCGAGACCGCGCUGAGCACGUUCUUCCAGGAAACCAACAUUCCCAACAGCCACCACCACCACCAGAUGCAGAUGUGCACCCCCAGCAACACGCCUGCCACCCCGCCCAACUUCCCCGACGCCCUGGCCAUGUUCUCCACGCUGCGCGCCUCCGAGGGCCUCCAGAGUGGCGGCAGCCCCAUGGCCACCGCCUGCUCCCCCCCAGCCAACUUCAGCCCCUUCUGGGCCUCCUCGCCGCCCGGCCACCAGCCCACCUGGAUCCCGCCCGCGUCCCCCACGGCGCACGGCUUCCUCCACCACCACCACCCGCCGCCCACGUGGCCGCCGGUCGCCGCACAGGGGAGCGCCCAGCAGAAGCCCGUGGCGGCCCUGGACGGCCAGAGAUGAGACUGGGGGGGCCGCCGGGGGAGAGGGGGCGCAGCUUCCUGAAGAUGGCACUGGAAGGUUUUAUAAAGGGAUUUUUUGUGGGGGGUGGGGGUGGGGGGGCAGUAAACUUCCCAGGCCACUUGGGUCCUGCUGGAGUUUUCAGGCAAGUUUUUUUUUUCUGUUUUUAAUAUAUAACUAUAAUAUAUAUGAAUAUGUAAACAAUGGAUGAGGAUGCGCUGGUGCAGCAGGGCGCUCAGGCCAGCAAGGGGGCAGCCCCCACCCCAUCCCAUGAAGGUGUGAUCUUGGGGUGCCCACCCAGAGGGUGAGUUUGCUGCCUCCUUUCAUGGGAAUGGGGGGGGGCUCCCAGAGGCUGGAGGUGUGGGGACUGCCCUGGGGCCAGACUGAGGGGUUUCCUUCCCCAGCG